UAAGACGAAUUUUUACGAUAACUUUUUGUUGUUGCUGCUGAGAUCCUCUCGGUCGUACAGAAGCGGGUCGCAUGUGUGUUCGUGGCGUUUAGUGGCUGUGAAGUGAUUGCCUGGUUGGAACUUUCGCCAAGUGGGCUGGGAGCUUUCACGAGGGUUCCGUACAUCAUCACGAUAAGGCCUGGGUGCUGAUUGUGUGCUGAUUAUGUUAGCCGAUUACCGAUAAGGUCUCGUUGACAGAUAGUGAAGAGUGUGUGCUUGAAACCUAUUACAACGAAAUGGUGAGGAAAACAAAUAGAAGCUGUCAGUGAAGUGAUUAUGGCUCUUAUUUAUUGAAUUAGUUAUCUCUAUUGUGAGAUACUACUUAACUACCGGGAAAAAAUUCAUGCAAAAUACUCGGCUUAUGUUUAGAGCGCCGGUCGAUGCGUUCAGUUUUAAAGGUCUUCGCACUACUGACUCCGCCAUCUUGAAUUGGGGCGACAUCGGAGCAAUUCGCGCGAGUGGGUGACUGGUUUUAUGUGUUCGAAUUCAUUCGACAGUCAUUAUCGUUAAGGUAAAUGUACCCGGUGAGCAGCUGAGUGUUACAUUCACUAAUGGAUGGCAUCCGAAAAUAAACUGACAAAAUACCACGAAGUGAUUUUGAAGUUUAAUCUACACGAAAAGAUUUCAUUCGCGGUUCGAUGUGAUACGUUUGCGAGUGUCGGUAAAUGAACGAAACGUAUCAGUGACCUGCCGAAGAAACCUACGCCUGCGUACGCUUCAAUUAAUCUAGAACUCGUCGACACCGGCUCCGGCACAUUCCAUCGCUGGGAAUUCUUGGCCCCCAGCCCCACCGACGGUAGUCGUUAGCAUCAUCGGAUCAUGUUUCACUCGACUGCAGCAGCCGCGUAUUCCGACAUGACUGCAGCUGCGGUAGCGACGGGUAACACGGGUUCCUAUCACCAGACAGCCUCCGUAGCGGCAGCGGCCGCAGCCGCCGCUAACGCACCGGUCUAUGUUCCAUCCAACCGAGCGCUGGGUCAUUCACAGUAUGGCCACGCUGCCAAUUUCCCCACCCAAAACGGUUGGCCAACUGACAGUUUCGGCACAACCCAUACCCAGCUGCCGCCGCAGUUCUACGCGCAGAAUGUGAUGAUGGGCUCCUGGCGCGCCUACGACCCGACCGGAUUCCAGCGAACGUCACCAUAUGACAGUGCCAUGGAUUUCCAGUUCGGCGAGGGACGGGAGUGUGUGAAUUGUGGGGCCAUCUCAACACCGCUCUGGCGUCGCGACGGCACCGGUCACUAUCUCUGCAAUGCAUGCGGGCUCUAUCAUAAGAUGAACGGUAUGAACCGUCCCUUGAUAAAGCCAAGCAAGAGAUUGGUGAGUACUGCCACUCGCCGUUUGGGACUUUGCUGUACGAACUGCGGUACGCGAACCACGACCCUGUGGAGACGGAACAACGACGGGGAACCGGUCUGUAACGCAUGCGGACUGUACUUUAAGCUACACGGAGUUAAUCGACCGUUGGCGAUGCGAAAGGAUGGCAUCCAGACCCGCAAAAGGAAGCCGAAAAAAAGUAGUUCAGGAACGGGCGGAGCCACCGAUGUUAUGGCUCUGGUGGGAGGAAGCAAGAAAGAUGAAUUGAAUGAUGGAUCUCAUCUACACACCGAUCGGAAUGGAAAUUCCAAGAAUUUAUCGGUCAGCCCUAAAACACCCAAUCUUUCAUCGCCACCGUUACGAUCUCUGCACAUUUCGCCUCAUCAUCACCAUCAUCAGUCCUACAACCUGUCCUCAUCGUUAGCAUCGUCUCAUCACUCGGCCUCGCUGAACCUGGGUGGAAAAUAUGAUCUCUCUGCGCUCUCCUGCAGUGGACCGUUGGGUGCAGGAAAUCUCACCGGGUCGGCAUCUUCGUCGCAACAGCAGUCCCACAACUCAUCGCAUAUUUACACAACUCCCACAUCGAAUCCAACUCACCAUUCGUCGGCAAACAACUACAUUCACAACACUGGUAGCAGUUUAGGUGCAUCUCCCUUCGGGCAGAUCAAAUCCGAGUCCAACCCGCUGGCUGCUACGACGCCAACCUCGGUCGGUUCCAAUGGCUACGGAGACUACAUGAACAACUGUCUGCAAAGUGGAUACUUCGGUGGAACAUUCGGUUCCCUGCACAGUCCCCACUCGGCGGCCGUUGGUGGUGCCGUGAACGGGGCCCUGUCCCACGGACACCAUCAUCAUCAUCACCAUCAUCACAGCACGGCUGCUGAUCUCGCUGGCUACCAUCACCAGCACAACGUCAUACAAGCAGCCAAACUGAUGGCUUCAUCCUAGAGUAUUGCUUAGAGAUGCUUCCGGAAAAAAAAUUGAUCGAAAAUUGAUUCCGUUUAAGUGUACUUAUUCCUUUUAAGUUCCUCGAUUUAUAAUUGCUUGAAUUUUUUUUUUAUCGAUAGUCUGUACAUAUCUAACCAGACAGUUUAAAGACUUGAGGCAGAUAAAAUUUAUCUGAGAAAAUCAAAAAUUAAAAACGAAUAAUGACAAUCUGUAUAACGAUCUAGUGGAAGAAUGAAAGUGGAAAUUUGAACGUUAAGCGCCUUUUAUAUUAACUGUUUGUAAUUGAAAUGACUUCCAUUUCAAUUUCGUACUAUUAGCAGAGUAAGUUCGAUAGUUGCAUUUGUCUAUGUACAUCUUUUAACUGCAGUAUUCUUAAUCUAGAUAAAACAAAAAAUAUUGUAAAUAUCAUAAACUCUAAUGGCAUUCGAGCAUUUCUAUCCUCUCUAUUGAAUAGAUGGUUAAUAUUUAUUUUAAGACGUACCAGUUCCCUCGAGUUUUACGGCAGUAAAAAUAUCCUAUCUAAUUAUAAAAUCAUUGCUAGAAUUAACA